GAGAGCUUCUUUCGUUGUUUCUGCAAAUUAGCGUAGGGUUUUCGUUUGUUAUCAUCUUUCGAGUGGAGACAUGAGUUUCAAUUCCGGCUCAGCAUCUGGGUCGAGCUCGUGGCGUAGUCGCCGGCAGUUUGAGGGUUCAGACAAUCCAAAGUUUUGUACUUGCGAAUUUGAAGGUAAAAGGUUGAAGGCUUCGAUAAUGACCUCAUGGACGGAGGAGAAUCCGGGUCGGAGAUUCUAUGGAUGUAGGAAUUGGAAGUCGAAGAAUUGUGGCUAUUUUGAUUGGAUUGACGAACCGAUAACUGAAAGAGCUAAGGAGGUUAUCAAUGACUUGAAGAAUGAGAAUGUGAAGUUGAUGAAGACCAAGAAUGAAAGCUCCAAAACUGCAACUAUUGAUAUGGAGUGUGAAAUUGGAAUGCUUUGGGAUGUUGUGCAAGAAAUGAAGGAAGAUUCAAACAAAAUGAUGAAGAAAAUUAGAUUAGUUUCAUUUCUGUUUCUUGCUUCUUGGUUGGUGUUUGCCUAUUUAGCAAUAGCAUAA